UUGGGCAUCGUCCGCGGUAACAAAGCAUCACAAUUCUUCUCGCACCCAUGAGACAGCCAACUGAUUGAAGUCAGAAAACCCGCUCUUGAAGGCAAGGAAACCCGUGCCGCGGGAGACAUUAUCCCCCCUUUCCCCUUUCCCCUCCCACAUCUCUCGUGAGAGCGGAAAACUUCAUCAUCUCAUUGGAACCGCCGACAAUCGACAGCUGGACAAGCCCAAGCAAAAAAUCGCAAGCAUCCACCCAACCCACGCGAACACUCACCCAAUUCCCGCAAGACCCGCGCAGCCCAGAAAGAAGUUCCAGGGGUUGGCCUCCGUUUUCUCCACAUUAAUCCAUGGGCGGCUACCUGCUCUGGUAUCCGUAAUACUUCGCAACGCAAACCUGACGACACACAAUUAUGCCUCCGCGCAAGAGCGACGCGAGCCGACGAAGCGACGUAUCCAACGCACGCUUCAUCGUCAUGGACGAAGACCCAGCCCCCGCAGCCACACCGGCCACUGCGGCUAGCACCAGCAGCAAUGGUGCGGCGGGCACACCAUCCGCGGCCCCCAGGACAAAGGCCUCGGUCUCGGUCUCGGCCUCCGCGACGCCGUCCAGCGUACCUCCCGCCGCCGCUGUGUCGACUCCCGACUCCGCCGCGAGAGUGAGGCCGACGUCGUCGACGCCGCUGACUACCACGACGGUACUGCAUGCGGGCUCAGAGAAGAAGGAAAGCCAGACGCAUGACAAGAUGGCCAAGGCCGAUAGGGAUGCUCUCACCAUUGAGGACCUGAGCUUGCCCAAGUCUAUCAUCACGAGGCUGGCAAAGGGUGUGCUCCCGCCCAACACGCAGAUCCAGGCCAAUGCCGUUCUAGCCAUGAGCAAGAGCGCAACCGUUUUCAUCAGCUAUCUCGCUUCGCACGCCAAUGAAAUCACUGUCAACGCGAACAAGAAGACCGUCAGUGCCGAGGACGUUUUCAAGGCGCUUGACGACAUUGAGUUUGGGUUUCUGCGUGAGCCCCUAGAGCAAGAGUUUGCCAAAUACAACCAAAUCCAAUCCGCAAAGCGCACUAACUACCGCCAAAAAGUUGCUGCCAAGAAGGGUGGGAGCGCGGCAGCAGGUGUUGCAGUAGGGGCAGCGGCCGGGGCAGCGGCUGCAGAUACUUCCCUCCUCUCAAACGCUGACGACAGCGUCAUGACCACAGCAUCCUCCGACACAGCCCCGCGAGCUAAGAAGGCCCGUGUAGACGACUCUGCCAUGACGGUUGGCGAGGAUGUCGACGACGGCGAGACUGAGCCCGAAGAAGAAGCCGAGGAGGAGGAAGACAACGACAACGAAGAGGAAGAGGCCGAGGAGGAAGAAGACGACGAGGAAGACGACGACGACGAGGAAGGGGAGGGAAGCGGUGACGAAACGCAGGACGCUCUGGAGGAGAAGGGUGAUGGCAGCGACGUCGACGAGGCGCUUGAUGGAGACGAGAGCGACUAGCCAGUCGCUCUUGGUAGUCUAUGCGUCCCCGGCCCCGGGGUUGGAGCCGGAGCCGGAGGUUGUGCCCGGACGAACCUAGUGGUGAAAGAGAAAGGGAUGGUUUUCUGUUUCUCGGCAGAGAGCGCGAGAUGUACGAGACGAAGUUCCUAUUUUGUUUGCCCUGUAAGAGAAGGGGCCGGCAACCCCUGGUUUGGGUUACGAUGGGAAAGCAAAAAAACGCCUUGAUCCUUUUUUAUCUUUUCUUUUUUCUUUUCGCGGAUAAUACACAGUUUUUCCUCUUGCAAAGGCAGAUCGCAAAAGGGGGCAUCAAUGCCCAGCCGUCGUAAAGAGGUUUUUUGUUGCG